AUGGGGUCCAUGGACAUCAUUCAAACAAAUACUGCCAAUAAUGUACUUAAAAAACCUUCUACAAAGCAGAAAAAGGCUCAAUCACAGACCAAUUCAAAGACUGGUCAAACCAUUGACUUGGAUGCAGAUGCCAUGUCUGAUGUUGAAAGUUCUGCCAUGAUGACUACGGUCGAUAGCAGUGCAACUGCCAUGAAAUCUGCUGCUGUUCCAAUGAUAUGGCGCAAUGUCAUCCAAUCUGUACGAAUUACUAUUCCUUUGAAUCUGCCAAAUACCGAACUCAAUCUGUUCAACUAUCCUGAACUGGUUCGACGGCAUUCUGAAAAGGUGCAAUCUGAAUCAGUAUCCACUGCAUCUGGUUGCAAUCCUACACAUGAGUCUGUGCAGUGCGUUUCUCCUAUAUCUUCAACUGUUCUCUUGCAGGAUUUAGUGCCUGCUGUCGAUACCACUACUGCGUCCGUUCCAACUAAAGGUCUCGGAACUUCUUCCAAAAAGACUGUCGAAAAGAGCAAAAAACCUGUUAAAAAAACUACCAAUGUUGCCGACGCAGAGUGCAAUUACGACUUGGAAGACGACUUUAUUGACGAUAGCGAAAUGUUUACCGAUGCCAUGGAGGGCGUCGAGGAAGUACCAGAGUGGGAUUUUGGAUAUUUUGUUUGGCAUGGAUCUGUAGAAAACUUUUUUGACGAGCAAAAACUUAAACCCAAACAACCUAAAAACAAGGAACGUCCUGGAUCAAGUGUCGCAUCUGCAAUCGUUACACGGAAAGAAUUUCCUAAAGAUGCACCAGCUACCACUACAGAAAAACCAACUCCUAAACAAACCAAACCUGGUGUAUCUGCAAAAUCUGCAGGUGAUGCUACUGCCAAUACACCCGUGACAAAAUCUAAUAAAUCUACUGCAAAAUCUACCACUGCUUCCACUGACGAAUCCUCUGCAAAAUCUACUAAUAAAUCUACUGCAAAAUCUACCGUCGCUUCCACUGACGAAUCCUCUACAAAAUCUUCUCCAACACAUGAUACACUCAAAGGUUCUUCCAAGAAAUCAUCUGCAGUUUCUGCAUCCAAGAAUAGCGAAAACAAGGGAUCUAAAUCUGACGCUGCCAGUUUAUCUGCUCCAUCCGCUGCAAAAAUACAUGCACAUGAAUCAAACUUUAAAUCCUCUUUUUCUACCCCUACUCCUGUCUCAAACGGAGCUUCAAAAAUGGUUAUAGACGAAGAUGGGUUUCCUGCAUCGGUUGUAGAAAAAAUUAAAAAUAUUCAAACUAUAGCAGCAUCCAAAACAUUUCAGGACAAGAAUCAAUUUCCAGGAAGUCUUGUUGCUCCGCUGCGAGAUUGUGUUUGGGAGGCAAUGGAACAUCAGAUUCAUGAUACCCCAUUGUAUAAUCGAUUGGCAUCCAUUCUGCCUUAUAACGUUACAAUUUUAAAGAAAAUUGUAGUCAAGCUUAUUUUCCCCGAGAGAUUACGAGUCGUCAAAGAGCAAGUACGAAACCUAUAUACUACUAUGAAAAACAGUAUCGAAGCUUCAGUUACAGCUCAACGAAAAGCUGAUGAGAAUGCUUUAUCCCAAUCUUCUCAAGCACCUUCCAACGUUGACGAUGAUAGCAAACCCAAGUUUAAAUGGGAAGAUGAGAUUCGUGUCCUAAUGUGGAAUAUAUUAUGUUUUGAAUGGGAACUGGCAGACUUGGAUAAUAUCAGCAACACGUUAAACAAUGAGAAACCACGGUUUAUUGAAAGCACUGUGCGUCGAGCUGUAUAUGGAAAGAUGUGUUCAUUUUGGCCCAAUUCAUGGAUGGACACAAACUUGCUUUCCCGCGAAUACAGUCAAUGGAAAAAGCGAGUGCAUCGUUUAUGUGCACGAGCAGAUGUAGGAGAAGACAUUGAAGUAGCAGGAUUAAAAGUACGGCGUGAUCCAUUUGCAAGACCGACUUACAAUCGCAAAAGUUUGAUCAAAGGAGGCACACCUCAAUCACCUCAAUCUGCACAAACUUUACAACAAUCUGCAACUCAACCACCGCCUUCAACGCCCACACCUGGUUCAGGACACGAAUCCCUUUCAUUAUCAGUCCUGUCAAAUGAAAAACAAACUGAUACGGUUGCUGAUUCAUCCACUUUGACUACCGUUUCACCAUCCGACAAGGCAUCACAGAGCGUAUCCAACCAUUUUAAACAACUUGGUACAGGGUCAAAUGAUCGCAAACGGUCAUGGCCCGAAACACAUUCUGUAGAUGGCAAGAAAUCAAAAACACUAUCGGAUGUCAUUGUGCUGGAAUAA